AUGGCGGCCACCGAGGGUCAAGGAACUAARAUCAAUCUUUCUAUGCUUAUAGAUUUCUURUUGCAGAAGACUUAUCAUGAACUGACUGUGCUCGCCGAGCUCUUACCAAGAAAAACUGACAUAGAACGAAAAAUUGAAAUUGUACAGUUUGCCAGCCGCACACGUCAACAGUUUGUAAGGCUCCUGGCCCUGGUGAAAUGGGCGUCAAGUGCAGAAAGGGUUGACAAAUGUCAGGUGAUUUCCAGCUACUUGGAUCAACAGUCYAUGGUAUUUGUUGACACAGCUGACAUGCUUGCUAGAAUGGCUAGAGAAACUCUUGUACAGGCCAGGUUACCUACAUUUUGCCUUCCUGCUGCUGUCGAUGUCUUGACAACUGGUACUUACUCUAGACUUCCUACUUGUAUUAGGGAUAAGAUAGUUCCACCAGACCCUAUUACAACUUCAGAGAAAACCACAACACUUGAAAAACUGAAUCAGAUAAUACAGCAUAGRCUAGUGACUACCGAUCUGCCAUCACAGAUGUCUAAUAUCAGUAUUGGGGAUGGAAGAGUCAAGUUUCAUGUUGAUCAUGAGUUUGAGGUGACUUUGACAAUAAUGGGAGACGACCCAUCAUUACCAUGGAGAUUGCUGUCUAUAGAUAUUCUUGUCCAAGACAUAGAAACAGGAGGUAUUCCUGCAUUUAGCUCAUCAAAGCUGACAUCAAAAUACGCCUUUACAUGUUUUUUAUUGAUUUAUUUUGCAGAUGGRAAGCCUCUUGUUCAUGAUUUCCAGAUAAACUACAUUCACCGUCUYGUACAGUCCAGACUUUUUCAAGAGGAAAAUGCUAUCACAGACUUGUACAGCUGUCUACACACUUUUUGUUUAUCACUGCAGUUACAAGUACUCUACUUUCAGGCUAAACAGCUGAUACAUGAGAGAUGGAAUGACAACAUCAGAAUAGAAAAUAAUAUUUCUGAACAAACUAUUGUAUUGCACUACUGGAGAAAUGCAAUUGAUCAACAAAGCUCAACUUCAACUUACAAGUUAAAGAUUACSUACAAAUCAACCAACAAACCAGCAUUUCUAAGACUUSAGUAUGAGCCUGAGAUCAAGCAUCAUCCUGAYGAAGACAGAAUGGAUGUGAUUCCUCCUGGUGAACUGUAUAUUGAAAAAGUAUUAAUCCAAACUAUAAAGCUUCAGUCAAAUGUCAAGCUUUCUAAUCUGGUCAAUUUGCUCUCAGAUGAACUUAAGUUAAAUUCAAAAGUGUUGUUAGACAGAAAGAAUUCAACCCUUGCCAUCCAGACAUGUGAUGGUGUCACCCCUUAUGAAGUGCUGCUGAUUACRGUUGAUACACGGUCUGGGGAGUUUAGAGUUGCACUUGGUAGUGGWGAAGAAAAUCCAAUCUGUACAGCAAUGGAGAAAGCACUGAAUGCAAAUCCAAUGCAUUUCCCAGUUUUACUUGGRGACGUGAGGUGCCAGUUGCAUCUUUGUAAAUGCCGGUCUUCUGUUGCUAUGUUACCAGUGUUAGCAAUGGACCGUCUUCCCAUAUCACUUUCAACUCAAUACAAGCUGAGCAGGCUUGGGAAACAUWGUAUCUUUUUCCAAUUUAAAAAUCAUCAACAUUAUUUCUUGGUUGUUGAUGUACUUAGUGAUGAAAAAAGUGACAAAGUUAUUGAACAAUACUAUCUUUUACGCACCAAGAGUGUAAGUGCAGACAAUCUUGAUGUAGUUAARAAGGAAGAGAAAGGAAUAAAAGACAUCAAGCAAGUAAAGAAAGAGGAAGASAAGAUUUCAUGCAAAGCCAAGCAUGAUCAGUCUUCAACAAGUCAGUCAUUGAAGCCACCAUUGCUGUUUCUUGAUGCUGAAGAGAUGGUUGACAUUGGCUCAACUCAGAUCAUAGAUUUCCCUAGUUUGGCACUUAGAGGUAAGCACAAGGUAGCUACUAUYAUAGUUUUUUUUUCUGUGUGUGUAUUUAACUUGUGCAUGUCUUGGGUGGUUGCCCUUUCUUUCUUAGCAAUGAGMACUAGAAAUGAUGAUGAAAAUUCAUUCAAACGCAAGUUUGAAUAUAAUGAUGAAGACCAGCAAUCAACCAAAAAACMUAAAACUACUAGAGACUUGUUCCAAGACUGUUCAUCUGUGUCCUCAUUUCAAGCUCAUCUUGCUAGAUUGGUUUCCUUGUGUGAUUCAAGGAUUCCUCUUAUGCCAUUAUGCGAUGAGUUACGUCAACAUCAAGUCAUUCAUGAUGGUGUCCAGUCUGAAGCAGGGGUUGGUCUAUGUAUACCAAUACUGUAUCUUCCUAGUCCUAGUCACUGUGAUUCUCAACUAGUAUCUAAGCUACAAGAAACCUUGCUUAGUUGUACUGUGAGAUUCUCUGGCCAGGACUACCGACAGUGCUCUUUUGAGAUGAUCUUUUCUGCUUGUCCCUUCCAAAGUCAUGCAGGGAAACCAGAAGCCAAACGAGUUGUGCUGAGUUAUGAGUACACACAAACCAAUGAUAAUAACAAAAGUUCUCGCAGUGUAGURCAGCAGUUUCUAGAUGACUGGUGUAGUAUGUGCAAGCUCUAUYCACAUGUUAUGGAACUUGAAUUGUGUCUUAAAGACAAUACAAGUCCUGUAAGACAUAUGUUUCAUGUUGGUUCAUAUACCUACAAGCAAAUUAACCUAUUGUAUGAACCUGACAGACAAAAUGUGGUAAAUAUCCAGUGGUCAGUUCCUGAUAAUCAGUUUACAUUGUCAUUUUGUCAUGGAGCCAGCAGUGGAGCAAGCAGUCCACAUUAUGUCAUGACUGAACAUUUACAGAAGGACUUCAAUAAACGAUUAAAUCUUCCCUACUUAAUGCAGAUUCUACAUGAGACAUGGAAACCCUUAUCUUCAUUGAACAAGCUGGCAACAUUGCCACAAUUGGGUGUAAUAUCGCGUUCCCUGACUGUGCAAAAGAACUUCUCAAUUUUACCACAAUCUCCAACUUCAGUGUUUUUGAUAUACAGACAAAAUGUCUUAGAGAUUCAUUUUAAAGCCAAGAAUCUUGUGUCAAUCAGAGAUGCUGCUUUGAGUUCUGUUGAUCCUAUGAAAACAAAAACUUCAUUGUCUACAAUAUCSAACCUUAAGACUUUCCUUCAACAAUUUGUAGACGACAUAGCUAAAGCUGGUGGUAUCCCUUCAAGACGUGGUUCAGAAGCUGAUGAUGAAAUCCCUCCAUCACCUGUCAAUAUCGACUCAGAACCUCCAGCAAUGGACAUCCCRUUUACWUCUCCCCAACCCAUGACAUCUCAGAAUCUCACCAGCUCACCUAUCAUCCCUAGAGUAUCUCCCAGCAGUUCUGCUCAAUCAGCUUCAUCAAGAGCAGGAUUUACUCCGUCACCAAACCCUAUGAAUGCACCAAGUCCUAACAAUCCUUAUUCAAGUCCUUCACCAGCUCCAUUUAUUGGUCAUUCGCCGCAUCCAUAUAUGCAGAUGAUGUCACCAGGGUCUUGGUCACCACUACCAGGGGGAAGCCAGGUUAACAAAUACAGAACAACACAACARGUAACCAAGCAACCUCCAACUCCUCCUCGGCCAUUAAUUGCCAAGUCCUGGGCUUCUACCUCACCCACUAUUUUGUCUCAUACUGCCUUUAAUCGACUUUGUACACCUGUGAGAACACAGUUACGUUACGAUGGUAAUCUCAGUCCACUUGAAAUGUUCCUUGGAACGAUGUUCUUGAAGAAACAUUURUGCAGAGCAAUACAGGGUGAUGAAAUGAUCCAGCACUUGAAGACAGAUGCAAGCCUUGUAGCUUUCAAAACCAACAACUUCCAUUGUAUAGUAAAAGUAGACCCAAGUACCUACACAUCACAACGACUAGCKAUUAAACCAAGUCAAGAAAACGUUUGGAUGCACGAAGAAUUGAAUAUCUUGGAAAGAUUCUUUGAAACUAGAGUUGCUUGUGCUCCUUAUAAAGCCAAUAGUCUGACGUCGUUUGCUCGCAUUCUUACUUUUCCCACCAAUGUACUGAAAGAUAUGAUUAGAAUUAUUAGACUUGAAAUGAACCCUGAUCCGAGCAACAAGUGGCGCGUAGAAUGGUGUUUGACUAUCCCACCAAACAGUCCCAAGAUGCCUUUCUCGAUUGGAACUAUCUCUGUCGUCUUUAAAACGAAACUGUUAAUAUUUAUUCAGCUCACACGAGCAGUUCCCCAAGGGACCAUAUCGUAUGACUCAAUCGUGAUCCCUCUCGUAUACGACCAAACAACCAACACCACCCAGCAACUGCCAGAAAACACCGCCAAACAGACUGAUGUCACUCGUCAAGCUACUAGUACCCAAACCUCUUCUUCUGUUGCUGCAAUAAAUGCAGUAUUAAAGAAAUUCAUGGAAUCUCCAGCAUCGAAAACUGGAGAAUGCACUAUUUUCCCUACUGUUCUGGAGUUAGCCAGGAACUUAGUUCUGCCUCCGUCUUCGCACAUGUCAGGGGGUGUUUAUACUGAUAGUCUCACGUGAUCAGGUCACAAAUAUCCGAAAAUAUGGAUUUGRAAAUAGAGUAGAAAUAGGUUUGUACGUCUAGGAGAUGCCGUAGAUAUUGUUGUGGUGGCAAGAUGGUUGGUACAUCUAACUUUUGAUAUAAGGUGUACACAUAAGUUAAAUUAUUAUAGAACAUAUUUAUCGAAUGUAGGAUUAAAAAGAGAUAUAUGCUGAAA